UCUGACUUCCUUGCCUGGAUACUGACUGUGUGAUAGCCAAGAGCAGAAGGCAUUCUUCUCUCCAAGUUCUGCUAGGUUUCACCUGGCCCUGAGAGCCUGGGGGUCCACAGCCAAGUGUCCCCCUGCCACUGUAUUGUUAGUGCCAUGGCUCAUUGCCAGCAACGGUGCAAGAAGCAGCUGGGGCGGGCGAUCCGUUUCUUCUACCAGUUUGUCACUGGGACCUUGUCUCAAGACAGUGUAGAGGAUGAAUUUGAGCUCUCCACUGUUUGUCAUCGGCCUGAGGGUCUGGAACAACUACAGGAGCAAACCAAGUUCAGCCGCAAGGAAUUACAAGUCUUAUACCGAGGCUUCAAGAAUGAAUGCCCUAGUGGGAUUGUUAAUGAAGAGAGCUUCAAGCAAAUCUACUCACAGUUCUUCCCACAGGGAGAUUCUAGUACAUAUGCAACUUUUCUUUUCAACGCAUUUGAUACUGACCAUGAUGGCUCUGUCAGUUUUGAGGACUUUGUGGCUGGCUUGUCCAUUAUUCUCCGUGGUACUAUAGAUGAUCGGCUCAGUUGGGCCUUCAAUCUCUAUGAUCUGAACAAAGAUGGCUGUAUCACCAAAGAGGAAAUGUUGGAUAUAAUGAAAUCCAUUUAUGACAUGAUGGGCAAGUACACUUAUCCAGCUAUGAGAGAAGAGGCACCCCAGGAGCAUGUGGAAAAUUUUUUCCAGAAAAUGGAUCGGAACAGAGAUGGUGUAGUGACUAUUGAUGAAUUCAUUGAGUCCUGUCAGAAGGAUGAAAACAUCAUGAGUUCCAUGAAGCUUUUUGACAAUGUGAUCUAGCUGACCACACCUGGAGCCAAGACCAUCACACACACACCAGGGCUUCUUUCCUUGGCGUAUCCUGAGGCACUCUUCCCUUGGCUGCAUGGACAAAGCAGCCCCAUUUUGUGGAGACAAUCCUCAUGUAUUCAAGAUCCAACUGGGGUGGGAUGGGGGAGUCCCUACAAUGGGAAUCAAGUGGGAGUCUUUGUCUGGAUUGGAUAAGGCUAAGCAAGGAGUGUGUCCUAGAAUUUACAAGCACUUAUUCUGGGAAAAUAACUACAAAAUGAAUCAACUUGUUGCCUCCCCAAAAACUGCACUGACCUAUCAAUAUAUAAUGUGCUUAUCCAUAGGACUUCUAAAAUCACAGCAACCCUAUGAUCCCUCAUUAGGGCUUUCACACUCUCAAAUGGCAAUGUAAGCAUCAAUUGCUAAGAACUCUUGUAAAUGCACUCCUACCUACAAGGAAGGGAGUCUAUCUGAUCUGAACCAAGGUUCUCACAGCACAUGGGGUAAUAUUCUAAUGCUUCCAACAAGUGGAGGCAAUAUUUUUCAGUGUCAAGAUAUAUUGCAAUUCUGCUGCUACAAUUAACUGAACUCUUAGCUAUUCUGGAGAAAACUGCAGAAGAACGCUAUUUCGCUUUGAGAAUUCUUUUGUUUGCAUCCACAAAAAAAGAGUGGGUACUUUGUAUCACUCAAGACCUAGGUGCAAAAGAACCAUUAGCUUUUGUUUAGAAAUUAGGGGAUAAAUUAAGAAUUAUGUUGGGAUUGCUAGACAGAGCGCUUAGCCAAAUAAUUGGGUCAAAGAUUUUCACUGCUCCCUGUCUUAGUAAAUAAGGUGAAAACAGAACUAGAAACAAGGGAACUUACUUAGUGGAAAUAUUUAGGUCAGAAUGGAAUCUAAAUCUGUUUCUAUGUGACCUCACUGGAUGGGUUUCCAUGUGGCUCCAGAUGAUGAUGUUAUAUUACUUUUAGUUACUUUCUACAGUUAGAUUCUCUACAGAAGUACCAAGAGCUCCAGCUUCCUUGAAUGAGAAACCAAGGGAUCAGCUAAGAGUUUUGAGUAGCAAUAUGCUUAAUGCCAUGGUAAUAUCCAUGUAUGAGGGCUCUGGGCUCUUGUGGUAUUAGUCAGGGCAGAAUUCAACCUUGUGCCUUGUCUCUGAAUUAUGUGAAUAGACAGAUUACAAACAGAAGUAUCAUUGGAGUGGAAGAGAAACCACAUGAGAGAAGGAAAAAAUCUAGGGGAAAAUAGGGGGAGAUAUAUCUGGCUGUUCCUUUCCUGUGUCAACAAUCUCCUUUUUCUGCAAAGGAACUUUCUCUUAGCACUUGCAGAGUGCUAUUUCUGUGAUUUUGUUUGUUGGUUUUGUCACUACAAUAUUACCAUGAUAAACAGCCUUUGGGCCCUUCAGUAGCCAAAGCAUUAUGAAUGACAAGCAACUUCAGACCAUGCUUUGCUCCAAAGGAGUGCCAGGUUCUGUACUGAACAUAACAGUAAUGCAGCCAUGCUAAAUAGCCACAACAGGGAUGCAGUAAACAGACAGUAAUUGGGAAGUGCUAGGGAAAAAUCAGUAUUAGUAGAGGAACAAGUGGAUAAAACUUAGAUCAUUUAUAAAACACUUCGUUGAAAAAAAUAAAGCCUUUUUAAGGGUUUAAGUAAAAAUAAAAAUAAAUACAAGGGUGCUGAUGAUACAGAAGCUGUGUAAACUCAAGAGUACAAUAUGGAAACUAAGUAAAAGAGGAAGAGAAGCAGUCUGGAGUAAAAGUAUGAGGAAAGAGUAGAACUUUAACAUUGAAUACAACAUUGACAAGGGUCAAUUUAAGGAGAAAUGUAAUGUGACAAGAGAUGAGACUACUUGAGACAUCCUGAAUAGUCUGGAGGGAAGACGCCCAACAGGAGGGAAUGAAGUAAUGAAGAUAUUAUAUUGAAUCAAGACAAGGGGUAUAGGAAAAUAGGCAGGCUUUAUUUAAAUUCAAAAAGAAAACAACCAUGAAACCAAACAACAUGAAAGCAACCAUGAAAAUUCUAACAGAGGCAAAGCUGAAUCAUAACAGACAAAGAAGAUACCAAAAUAUACUGUGUUAUCGAUACAUACUAGCCUUCCCCCAAAAUGAUGCCCACAAAUUGGCUGGGCUACGAUACAUCUGAAAAUAGUGUUUUGGGAAAUACUGUUGCAUCUCAAGAGAUCAAGUAAAAAUCUAAUGGAAGAGACAUGCUAACCUUCCCCAGCCUGGUACCCUGUAGAAGUGUUACGACUGCAGCUCUUAAGAACUCCUAGUCAGCAUGGCCAAAUUAUAGAAGUUGCAGUCUUAAUACAUAUGAAAGGCACUAGGUUGGGAAGGAUGCAACAGCUAAUAGCUAGAUGGCACAGAUGACUAUUUUUCAUCUUAGCUCCGUUGAAAUAAACAGCUUGUUCUAAUACACAAAUAUUAAAUUUAAUCCACAUUUCUUCUUUAAUGGCAGUCUGAAUUAUACUCUGCUCUGAUAUCUCCUCUUAAUAACCAGCCCUGGUAACUUCUGAUGUUUAUUUUUCAGUUUCAGAUUUUUUUUUCAGCUCUUAGUAAGCAUUAAGGUACCUUGUCACACAAAGCAAGAUCCAAGGCUUUCUACUAUAGGAACUGCAAGUGGAGUAAAUAUUUCAGGACUCCAACAGAAGUACAGGAAAUAAUGGAGUGAGUCUAGAAAUGGAACUGGCUGGCUCAGGAUUUAUUAGCUAUGCAAACAGACUCCCAUGUGCACUGUAGCCCAGAUAUGGCUCUUCCCCUUGCUAUUUUACAUUUUGCUAAUCCAUUAUGCCAUCAUUUCUAGAUCCUCUUUUAUGUAUAUUGUUAAGGAUCACUUAAAUCUAGUUCUGAAGACUAGGGCAGAUUCAGUAUCACCCAUUAGAUGUUUUAUUUUAUGUGGGACUAAAUAAUAGACUAUUCCAUCAUUUUAAAAGGUUAUUUUACUUUGGCAUAUAUAUACUUCCACCUGUGCCUCCAAAUGAAUGUAACUAGUCCCACCUUACUUUAAUUCUCCUCAAGAACAUUCCUUCCACAAAGGGAUUUUCUUCAAAGAAACAGUUUCUUAAUAUUAUGUAAUUUUCUCUUGUGAGAAAAUCUAUUUUGCUUACAACACAUUUUCUUAGCUUCCAUACUUCAUUUCUGCAAUCUUCAACAUUUCUGUUCAACUAACCUCAAAUGGAAGGCUAUUCAAAUACUGUCUUUUAAUUCCCAAAGGCCUGCAGAAAGAGCAGAGGUGGGGGAGAAAAAAUCACUUCAGUCCCCAGACUAUCCCCAAUGGCCACUCAGGUCAGCCAAAAUAAUUGGUAUUGCCUUACUAUUCUCUGUCUCCUUACAACAGUUGCCUAAAGAGAUAUAUGUUGCUAAAAUUGGUAUGUGAUGCCAUUGGAAAUAGCUGGUUCUGUCUAGUGACCAUUCAACUUAAUAUGCACAGUAUAUUACCAUCAUACAUAAGUUUUCCAUACUGCUAUGGACAGAAAUGUCUUGCUGUGGUAUGGAAGCUCAGCAUAGUAUGGGGGAAAUGUACACUUUAUGCUCUAUGCUCAACAUGGAGAAAUGUCAUGUGGGGGGCAGGAUAUUUAAAUUGGUGCUGAUAAAUAUACCUGGGGCAAAAUCAGAUGAGUAGCCUUUCUGGCUGUUCCCACAGAACAGUUUUCAGUAUAACAGCCAAAUGACAUUUCGGUGAGAGGAAUUCCUCAACCAAGAUAGAUAGAAGCAUGGCUGCUAUAUAUCAUUCCCUUAUAAUACUAUCACCAAAAUAAUUUAUGCUUAUUUUGCCUAAACUAGCAUAUGCUUUUUAUUCACAAACACUCAAGAUGGCCAAUACAUAUAAAGCCCAGUUCCCCAUCCAACUCAUCACAGUCUUGCCUUCUCUAUCAAUUCAGCAGGAGAUAUUUUUCCACUCCCAAGGAAAUAAAAAUCCUAUAACUAAAAACAAAUCUGGACUUUUAAAAUACGUAUCCUAUUCAUAGAUAGAGAGGGGGUAAUGAAGUAAUGUGCAUUGUGAUGUCAUAAUGCAAAUACCACAACUUGUGUCAGAUACUGGACCUUAAGUACAUAAUUGCAAGAUUUAUGUGAUGACACCACUAUGCACUUGUCAUCAUUUUGGCAUCAUCACAGUUUGUUGCACACACAGGUGAGCUAAUUCCUCUAUUUUCUCUUAAUUCAGAUGCAAUUUUAGACCCAUGGGAAAUUAUCCUGGGAGCAAAUAAGGAACUUCACACAAAUUUUCUCAUCACAAGGAACUCUACAGUCAACCCAGAUCUUUUACCAUAAUGUUAAAAUAAGGGCUUCUAUACCCUUUCUGAGGAAGCAAUUCCCCAUGCAAGGGUAUUUUACAUUUGAAAAUAAUGUCUUGGGCUAUAUAUGACAUUUCAGUUUGAAUGCAGAUUGUCUUCCUAACAUCCAAUUAAAGUAAGUUUUCACAAUUAUAGAUGGUACAAUUUAUAAAUUUACCCACUAUCGCUCCUGUAAUGCAUGUUUAUGGGUAAAAUAAAGAGUUUCAAUUUGCUUUAGAGAUUAUGACUACAUGAACCAAUUAUUCUAUAAAACAUGAUGUCAGGUGCCCUUCUCAUUUGGCAUUACAUUUGCUAUUUUUCCGAUCAUAUUGGCUUGAUUUGAUUCAUAACUUGACUCUGCAAAACUUAUAUAAUUCCUUCCUAAUUUGGUGCCUCCAGAUGUGUUCAGGUUUUAUCACUGCCAGUCAGCAGUCCGCUAGACUAGAGAGGGAUGAUAGGAUUGAUAGUUCAACAUAUCUGGAGGGGUUAGUUUGGAAAAGUCUGCUCUAAUCUAUCUUUCAUCUUGACAUAUUGGUUCAAUAUGUCUCCGUCCUAUUUAUUGAUUACUGCAAUUACACUAUGCCUUGAGCAGAUAUUAAAUACAUGGGUGAGGCUAUAUUCAAUUCUAGAAGUUGGAGACUGAUGAUGCUGUUCAUUGUUCCUUCCUUACUCAUAUACCAGCUGCUUCCUUCUACCUGUGCUGUCAUUACAAUCAAUAGUGGGGGCCAAACAGCCUAAUUCCACUGCACGAGCUCUGCUAUCAGCUUUGCAUUUUCAUCUGUGUAUAUUUUGUACAAUAACAAUCAGAUAUGACAAUAAAAUGCACCCCCAAUGGCUAUGCACAAACACCAUGGCCUCUGCUACUGUUGCUUUGCUAUGUUCUUUUCACAAUGAGUUUUGGGAUAUAAUGUGCUUCAAAUGGAAUAUAUGCUCUUCCCUUUUACUCUUCAGUGUCCCUUCCAUUGAAACAUGGUUACUUCCACCUUAGCUCAUCUCCCUGUUUCAGUAUAAGGUCGUGAGAUUUUCUAAUAAAAAGUCUGCUUUCAAAAGUAUAGCACA